AUGGCGACCUCCACCACUUCACAUCGACCCAUCAAGGGGAUACUCAAAAACAAAAGUUCAGCAUCUUCAGUGGAGGAUUCCACCCAGCCAACAAGACCCGGAACGCAGGAGUUACAACGGAAGAAAUCGCAGAAGUGGGACGAAUCCAACAUACUAGCAACCCAACACCCAUACUACAAAGACUACGAACUGAUGAACAUGAAUGAGCCCGGCAAGAACUUAGUCGCUGUGCUACACGAUGGAGAAGACAUGAGUAAAAUUCAAGGAAAAGAAGCCAUGACCCAGGAGACCUUAGCAAAGAAACUGGCAGCCUCUGAAAUCCCCGGGACCAGUUACCUGGGUGAGGAGCAGCAAAGCAGUGGUAAGCAUAGUUGCAAAUACUUCCUGAACCAACAAGAAAGGCAGCAGCAAUUUGAGUUGAAAAGGAAACUACAUUACAACGAAGGAUUGAACAUCAAAUUGGCCAGACAACUGAUAUCGGAGGAGCUACAAUCUGAAGUAGAAGAUGAUGACAACCAACAACAUCUACAUUCAAAUUGA